GCUGCACCGCUGCCUGGCAAGCUGAGAACUGCACGACAACACGCAUAAGCCUCCUAUCACAGAUUUUAUGUUCACUACUCCUAUUAAUUUAUCCACCUAUUGAAUCCCGCAGCAAUCGUCCUUUGUUUUUUGCUUUUAAAAAAAGAAUGGAACCGCUAGCACGAAAUCUAGCAAGGGCGUCGCCUCUGCCGUGUCGCCGCCCCCCUCCUUUUCAAUGGGGAGCAACGUCUCGGGCAACGGGUAGGACCCACAACCGGGUAGCAUUACCAUUCCACGUGCACCUCGUCGCCGCCGCAUUGGUUUGCACCGCCCGUAGCCUUCACACAUCUCAGCCCAUCCUGCAGCAGCAGUCAUCGCGGCCACCACCAAAUGACGGUGGCGAUGGUGCCCGUACGAAGCCAUCGGGCUACUCCGCUGCACAUCCCUCUCCGUCGUCGCCGUCAGAGCCACCGUCGAUCGAACCGGUGCUGACGGAGCUGCGCACCAUCGUUACUCGCCAAUACCCGUUAGGCGACGUCUACCGCGCCCUCAAACCCGAGUCGCGUAAGAUCCUGAUUGCCCACAAACUCCCCCUGGAGGAGCUGCUGCUGCACCUGCCGCACAACUUCGCGCUGUAUCGCACUCCGACGAUGAAGAAGGGCUGGCAGAGGCAGCUGGCGUCGGGGAUCAUCGUGUGUCCACCGCAGCUGCUCCCGCAAUCCUCCAAAGCCGUGCGUCUCCCUCCGACUGCGAAGCCGCUGCCGGCGCUUGUGAGCCUCCUUGGCGAGGAGAAGGCGAGAGCAUGCAUCAGCACCGCUGCGACGACGUCAGCUUCGGUGCCCAUCGGCGCGGGCACGGGUUUCGUGAACUCGAGCACCACCCCAAUGGAGCGGUUGCAGGAGGUACUGACGUACAUUCCAAACGAGUGGACGCAGUUCACGUCGCUGAACGUGUCGCUGGACGUGAAGCUGCGUUGCAUGGGUUUCCCACAGACACGGCCCUUUCAUUUCUUCCUGAAGCAUCCAAAUUACUUCGAUGUCCGUGCGCAGCACACUCGUCAGCACACCUUUGAGGUGCGGCGCUCGUUGGCCCUGCAGAAACAGUUGAAGGAGACGGCACCGCCGCAGAAGUGA